AUGCUGGCCAAUGGCCUCUGUAAAGCAGGGAAACAAGAGCUGCUACUGGUUGAAGGACGUUUCAUACAGCCUGAUGUCUACAAUGUAAUUAUGAACAGCCUAUGCAAGGAAUCACGUGUGACAGAGGCAUUGGAUCUUUUGAAGGAAGCAGUUGCUUUGUUCAACGAAAUGGUAUCAAAAAGCAUCAAACCAGGUAUUCGGACGGAUUGUUCCAGAUAUACAGACUUACAAUUGCCUGAUGAAAGGGUUUUGGUAAACGAGGAAAAAUUUGUUAUAUUUGGAAGCUCUUCUGGUAGAAUGCUGAUAGGGCUGAUGUCAAACAAGACGGAUAGAAGAGUUUGGGUUACUGUGAAUGCUAGUGAUAAUAAUAAGAAAGUGAAGAGUGUUAACUUCAAUGGUGUGCCUACUAAGGUUUUGUUGCUUAGGAACAUGUGUCAAAUUCAGGACAUGAAAACAGGAAUGAGGAACAAACUGGUUCGGCGGAUAAAAAAGUUGCUUUCUUGUUCUGAGUGUAGAACGAGUUCUCCAAAUGAUGAAACAAGUGUGGAUGUGCGUGAGGAAUAUGCCAAUGCAUUUCGAACAGAGUCAUACACUGAGUUUUGGACACGUGUCAUUGCAUAUUCCAAUGGUGAAUCCUCAUCAUGUUUGUCAAGAGAGUCGACUACAUCGGCUCGGCUUCCUUCUUACCGUUUGUUUGCGGAGCAUCUCUUGGAUCCAAAUCAACCCACGGUUUCUGAAGUCUUAUCCAAAAUCCAAAACCAACCCAUUAUCCAUUCUCUCUUAUUAGACUAUUUUCUCCACACUUCCAAUGCUUUUCUUCUUUGUAGUCAUCUGUUAAAGGACAUUGAUCGUGUUCGUGCAAAAUACACAUCACUUAAGACUGUUCUUCAAUGUGUUCCAAAUAAUCAAGUUCCUUCCUCAAUGCUAAUCUCCCAUUUGGCUCAAUUUUCUAACUCCUUAAACCCAUUUGCCACAUCUAGCCCCUCACCAUGUCGGGUUCGGGUCACCCAAUGCCAUUGCUCCGACUUGCAAAAGCGGCUUGAGCUAAGCCGUGACAAGGUGCAAGCCAAGCUUCAGUUGAUUGUCAGGCUAAAAUAUGGCUCGGCUUGCCUUCUUGUGAUAGUAACAACUUCACUUAUGGUGGUUGUUGCUACUCAUGGCUUUGCUUUGCUUGUGGCUGUCCCGGGAUUGGCUUCCUUGAAUUUGGCUUCAAAAUGGAGGUUGGUUAAGGUCGCGGCUCAACUUGAUGCAGCCGCGAAAGGAACUUAUAUAUUGAAUAAGGACUUGGAGACAAUAAGUCGGCUUGUGGCUCGGCUUAAUGAUGAGUUGGAGCACAUGAGGGCAACAGUGAGGUUUUGGCUUGAGAGGAAAGAGGAUAAAAUUCAAGCCGACGGUGAAGUGGCGCGCCUAUUGAAGAAGAACCAAUGUACCUUUAGUGAUCAAUUGGAUGAAUUGGAAGAGCAUUUGUAUUUGUGUUUGAUGACUAUUAAUAGGGCAAGAGAUCUUGUGUUGAAUCAAAUCACUCACUAA